AUGGAUGAUCAAUACUCCAUUUGGAUAGGUCUCCCGAGAUACAGUGUAGAAUAUGUAAAUGGAAUAAAAUCAUUUCUACAAAAUGCUUUUCCGAUUUACAGCAAAGGGGAUGAGAUGAAGUGCCCCUGCAGAAAUUGUAUGGAUCGUAAAUGGCAUCGUCAAGAUGUAAUUUAUGAUCAUUUAAUAUGCAGUGGGCCUUCCCCUGGACACAUCAAAUGGAUUUGUCAAGUUUCACAAACAAAAGUAGGACCUAGUGCAACUGAUAUGGACUGUGAAAUAGGGAUGGAUUUUGGGGACAACUUAGAUGCAAUGUUUAAUUGUACCGGGAAGAAGUUUGAAAACUUAGGAGAGUGCGAAGAAGGGCCUAAUGCAGAGGCUAAAAGGUUUUAUGACCGUGUAAAAGAGGGCAAACAACCAUUGUAUCCUGGUUGCACUAAUUUUUCACGCUUAAGUUUUUUGAUAAAACUUUAUUGUUUGAAAUGUGAAAACGGAAUUAGUGAGUCUGCCUUCGGGGAAUUACUAAAGCUGAUAAAAGAAGCUUUCCCAGAGGCCCACCUACCUUUAUCGUUCAAUGCUGCGAAGUCUACAAUUAGGGAUUUAGGUUUAGAUUAUCAAAAAAUACAUGCAUGUCCUAAUAGUUGCAUGUUAUAUUGGGCCGAAAAUAAGGAUAAAGAUGUGUGUCAGAUUUGUGGGGCAUCGAGGUGGGUUAUACACGAGAAGGAAGGCAACGCUGCUAAUAAUGAUCCGGAGAAGUUAGUUCAUAAAGUUCCAGCAUCUGUUAUGCGGUACUUUCCACUAAAAUCAAGACUGCAAAGAAUAUUUAUGUGUAGUGAAACCUCCAAACUGAUGACAUGGCAUGCAUCGAGUCGAAAGGAUGAUGGGAAAUUAAGACAUCCGGCAGAUGCGGAGGCGUGGAAGACGAUGGAUGCUCGUUAUCCUGAUUUUGCUUCCGAAAAACGUAAUAUCAGGCUAGGGGUAGCAGCUGAUGGUUUUAACCCAUACGGAUCAAUGAAUUUAAGCCACAGUACUUGGCCAAUCAUACUAGUGAACUACAACUUGCCCCCCUGGUUAUGCAUGAAACCAGAAAACCUGAUUCUUUCCACAUUAAUAUCGGGUCCAGAAUCUCCAUCGAAUAAUAUUGAUGUGUAUAUGCAGCCUUUGGUUGCUGAGCUGAAAGAAUUAUGGGAUUCUGGUAUUGAAACUUUUGAUGCCUUGACUAAUAAGAAUUUCAAUUUACGUGCAAUGGUGUUGUGGACCAUUAGUGAUUUUCCGGGUUAUUCCAUGUUGUCAGGGUGGAGCACGAAGGGGUACUUAGCGUGUCCAGUAUGCCAUUACGAGACUUCUUCUGAAUAUUUAAAACAUAGCAGAAAAAUAUGUUAUAUGAACCAUAGGAAGUUUCUUGAUCCUACACACAAGUGGAGGUUUGAUAAGAAAAGAUUUAAUGGCCAAAUUGAAACUGGACAGCCUCCUUCAAUUUUAUCCGGGUUGGAUAUUUUAACGGUGUUGAAGGAUUAUGAAAAUAAAUUUGGGGAGGCUGAGAAAAAGGGUAAAAAAAGUGACUGCCCUUUUAAUAAGAAAUCAAUAUUUUUUGAUUUGCCCUAUUGGCGUUAUAAUCCCCUUCGACAUAACCUUGAUGCAAUGCAUAUCGAAAAAAACCUUUGCGACAACAUAUUAGGCACAUUGCUUAAUAUUAGUGGCAAAUCAAAGGAUCAUAUAAAUGCCCGUUUAGAUUUACAGGAAUUAGGUAUAAGAAAGGACUUGCAUCCUGUUGAAUCUAGUGACGGGAAGCAUCUUGAAAUUAAGGCAGCAAUAUUUGAUAUGACUAACAAGGAGAAAGAAAUUUUCUGCUCAGUAUUAAAGAAUGCCAAACUACCUUAUGGUUCUGCUUCUAAUAUUAGCCGAUAUGUACACACAAAUUUAAGAAAGAUAUCAGGGUAUAAAAGCCAUGAUGCACAUUUUAUACUUCAUUAUCUCUUACAAUUUGCUGUGAAAAAAUCGCUAAGAGCCGAAGUUGCCUUGCCAUUGAUUAGACUGAGUGCAUUUCUUAGGGGAUUAUGGAACAAGGUUAUUGACUUGGAUGAACUUCCGAGGUUGGAAAAAGAAAUUGUGGAGAUACUAUGUCAAUUUGAGAUGAUUUUUCCACAUUCUUUUUUUGAUGUGAUGGUACACUUGCCUAUCCAUUUAUCCAGAGAAGUCAGAUUAGGUGGACCACUACCCGAUCGCAACAUGUUUCCAAUUGAGCGUUAUCUCGGUAAGUUGAAAAAAUAUGUUCGCAAUAGAAGUAGACCGGAAGGUUCAAUUGCAGAGGGUUAUCUAGCAGAAGAGUGUCUGACUUUUUGUUCGAGAUUUUUGGGUGGAGGAAUAGAAAACAGCAUGUAUUCAUCUUGUCCAGCAGCUGUUGAGUAUCACAUUGGCACCAAAAAAAACAAAGAUGGAAAAAUUUUUAAAUUAGGAGAAAGCGAUUGGAAGGCAUGCCAUCGCUAUGUUUUGUUUAAUUCUGGUAAUGAGGAAGUAGAGAAUCUAAUCAAGGAGCAUCGAGCUUUACUAGACAGUUGUGGCACUUCAAAAAAAUUUAAAAGGGAACGAGCACACACUGAAGAAUUCUGGAAAUGGUUAACCGAACAGAUUGUAACAAAAGAUCUGAUUUCAACAGAUUUGGAGGUGUUUUCAUUAGGUCCUAACAGAAGAGCUAGGAAAUUCAGUGGCUACGUUAUAAAUGGAUAUAGAUUUCAUACGAAAUCUAGGGAUUCCCAAUGUGUCACACAAAACAGCGGUGUUUUUUUAACAGCUGAAACAACUAGUUUUGCAAGUUCGCGAGAUGAAAACCCCAUAGUUGGCAAUGUCAACUAUUUUGGUUCAAUUGAAGAAAUAUUUGAACUAGAUUAUUGGGGGGCUUUUACCGUGGUACUUUUUAAAUGUAGUUGGUAUCAAGAAGGCAAAGACUUAUAUGGCCUUACUCAAGUAAACUUCAGCAGGUUGUGCCAUAAGGCCGACCCUUAUGUCAUGGCUUCACAAGUUAGACAAGUGUUUUAUGUCGAGGAUCCGAUUGAAAAGAAUGUUCACUAUGUCAUUAAAAAAUUACCGAGAGAUUGGUGUGAUGCUGAUAACCAAAAUGCAGUUGAAGAUUACAAAAAUGCAACUUUUGAUGAUAUUGACUACAAUUGCAGAAUACAAAGUGAAGUUGGUCAUGAGAGCUGCUUUAGAGAUGACAUCCCGACAACUCAUAUUCCUUUUCCAUCUUAG